UCUAGUUUCAAUUUAGCCUAACUGCGGUUUCUGGACUUCCACGUUAAAAUGGAAUAUGAGGAGUUCCCCAUGGAGAGGCUAUCGAGAUUUUGAGUUAUUCGACGGGCAGCUACUGUAACUGAUUGAAGAUGGAGCGUCUGGUCGUAUGCAUCCUCCACACUCUGCUGCUGAUGGUGCCCAAUGUUGCCCCGGUGCCCCGUGUUGCACCGGUGCCCUGCCCCCGGCCCUGCUCCUGCCCCCAGCCUGCUGAGCUCCACUGCACCUUUCGUUCACUCCUCUCCAUCCCAGCAGCUGUUUCCAAACAUGUGGAGCGCAUCAAUCUGGGGUUCAACAGCAUUAAUAAGAUUACAGACAAAUCUCUGGCUGGUCUGAGGAAGCUGGAGCUUCUGAUGAUCCAUGGGAACGACAUCCACAGUCUGCCUCACGGAGCGUUCAGGGAUCUUACUUCACUACAGAUGUUGAAGAUGAGCUACAACAAGCUGAAGGAGAUCAACAGACACACCCUUCAGGGUCUGUGGUCCUUGGCCCGGUUGCACCUGGACCACAACCGCCUGGAGUUCAUCCACCCUGACGCCUUCCACGGCCUCACCUCGCUGCGGCUGCUGCAGCUGGAAGGCAACCGGCUUCAGCAGCUGCACCCAGACUCUUUCACCACCUUCACUCUGAUGGGACACUUCCACGUCUCCACGCUGAGGCACCUCUAUCUGUCAGACAAUGGGCUGACGUCGCUGCCCUCCCGGCUGCUUGCGGCCAUACCUCAGCUGGAGAACCUGUACCUCCACGGGAACCCGUGGACAUGCGACUGCAACAUGCAGUGGCUCCGUGUCUGGUAUAACAGCUCGCCAGGUGUCUUGAAAUGUAAGAAGGACAGGGCCCUUCCUGGUGGCCAGCUGUGUCCCAUGUGCUCCUCUCCCAGGCACCUCCAGACUAAAGAUCUCCUGGUUGUGGAGAACCUGGUCUGCAGCAGCCCCAUCAUCAGCUCCCUUCACCGGACUUCCCCGCCCGAUGACAUUGAGAGUGAAGUCAUGACCAGGGAAGACUUCAGGGAACCAUUUGGAAACGUCUCUCUAGGCCUGUCAGACGAGCAUGGGAAUCAAGUGGACUUGGAGUGUGGUAUUGGCGAGCCAAGAGAGUUUACCAAGAUCAACUGGGAGCAACUAAACAAACUCCAGUUGGCCUCCAACAUCACUUUGUCAGUGGAUCUAGAAUGCCCCGUUGAUAGAGAAAAGUAUGAGCAACUGUGGAGGCUGAUUGCAUACUACAGCAAUGUGCCAGCCCACCUACGAAGGGGUAUGAUGCUCAGAAAAGAGCCUCAUCCAACCUAUGUGUACAAACAGGACUCUGAGAAGGACACCCAGUACUACACGGGUGUUAAAGUUAAUAUCAUGGCCCAGCCGGCAUGGCUGAUGCAGACAUCUGCAGAGCUUCAGCUGAACAGACUUCAAUCAUCAGCCAAGAUGAUAAAACUGACUCUGAGCAUGGAUUUUUCAGAGACAGUGGAGGCGGAGCUGGUGCAGAGACAGAGCAGGACAUGGGUCAUGAUCGAGUCAACAAACAUGACUCGGAAAGUGUUGAGUGCUAUCCUGGGAAGUGCGAGUCAAAUGUACUGUAACGUACACAGUUCUGGCCAACCGGUGAUCAACUGGAUGCUGCCAGAUGGCUCAAAGGUGGAGGCACCAUACAGCGGUCCAGACAACAGGGUGUCUGUGUCCAGCGAUGGACGGCUGGACAUUAAAACUGUCAGCCACACAGACGCUGGAAUUUACUACUGCAUUGCCAAGGUUCACAGAGACCUUGCUGUCAUGCCUUUCUAUCUGUCGGUGCAGGAAUCCUCCAGCCCUCCCCCAGGGGAGGACGCCUCAAUUACAUCUAUUGAGGGAUUCAUAGGCAACCCCGUUACCCUUCCUUGCACGGCAUCUGGUUCUCCUGAUGCUGAAAUUAACUGGAUUCUACCCAACCGCAACAUCGUUAGUUUCCAAGCCAACUCCUCCAGAGCUUUGGUUGAUUCCAACGGCACUCUACAUAUCCCUCAAACUCAGUUAAUGGAUAGCGGUUAUUAUAAAUGCAUCGCAGUGAAUCUACAUGGCGUGGAUACGCUGGCUACGAAAAUCACUUUCAUGCAGCGCAAAGGGACAAUUAGGCCAUUGAAGACGUUUCCAGCGAGGCCUCAGUCGGCUUCAGGGGUGAACACUCAGAUUAAAGUCCCCACAGAGAAUACAGAGGAUGCUUCAGGGGAUAUUGAAGUUACUCAGUUGGGGGCUCCGUUGAGCCGCUUGGAUCCUUUGAGAAGGAGAGUUCCCGGGGGUUUGGCUCCUGGAAGGAGAGGCGUUUAUCCAUCAAGGACUAUGCGAAGGAGACCACCAGUGCUGCGAAAAUCAACAGUAUCACGUGUCGAAGACAGAAGGAAGAUUAACAUGUCAAAGAGUAAAAUAGACCCAGAGAAAUGGGCUGACAUUUUGGCUAAGAUUAGAGAUCGAAAUGCUGAUCGAAAUACUGUGACACCUCUCCCAUUUCAGUAUACAACAGAGAGGAAACUGACACAGCUGAAUACAGAGUUGCAAGAUACUUUUGAGGGAUCAUCCGAUGGCAUGACUGACUUCACAACACCGCACACUCCAACACAAUAUACACAAAUGAAAAUGGAUAAACACAUCACAACCCAAGACUUGAAUUGGGAUCUACACCCGACUUCAAACAGUGUGUUUUUCCUUCCACAGCUGACCACAUCUGUUCCCCUACAGGCUGUCACUUUCUGGCAGGCUAACACAAACACUGCAAGCAGCAGCGGUACAUUUUCUCUACAAGAGAACCAUAGCACAAAUGCAGAUGUUGACAGAGUCAAAACAGCUGAUGAAUCUAAGGCCUUGCAGAGGAGCAGGAAUACGGAUAGACCGAAUGUUCUUGCCAGCUCUAAUAAUGACCGAGAACUCUCUUCAAGGGGAAGUGAAAUUAUACCUUCGGUCAACCCAAAUGAAUCAGAAACAAACCAAGAGGAAAAUGGAAAAUAUAAGGACACACUUGAUGGUUUGCAAUCCCAAGCAAUGCUUACAACAGUAUCUCAAACAACUAGACUUGUAUCAGAAACAAAUCAAGAGAAAAAUGGAAAAUAUGUUCGUGGGACUACAACAACUUCACAGUCGCGCGCUCCGACAAAGGACACAACAAUUGACUUGCAAUCCCAAGAAAUGCUCACUACAGUUUCUCCAAUAACUACACUUGUAUUUACUACUACGAAAAGGAUUGGGUCUGAAGAACAAUCACCCCCGCACCUACGACAAACUAACUCCAGGAGAAGGAAUGGUGGUCGCCGGAGAAAGCCAAACAAAAGGAAACAAAAGCUGAAUAAACCCACCCAGUUUAUUGCCACCACACGUGCAAAUGCUCCAAGGACUACUGCCUCCACUCAGCUAAAAAUAAAUUCAUUAGAAGUUACGACAGCCAAUUUAAAUACCACUGUUCCAUUCAGAGGCAGCCAAGCGACGUCAUCAGGCAGACUGAGUCAUGAAGAAAGCACAGUCUCAGGGCAUAACGAUGAGACAGCCACCAAAAUCUUUUCACUGCCCCCCGAAACAAACGAAAGCCAUCUACCCCUGGCCAAACUGCUAUUCAAAAGCACAUCACCAGCACCAUCAUUUCCAACCGCCUCUCCAGAAAUGGGUCACGGAAAGACAAGUUCUCACACAGCCUUGGGAAUCUCAGAGAGUGCAUCUGCUUCAGAGCGCUCGGAUAUGUUCACAUCAAUCACUCAGUGGAGGUUUACAGGCAGCCCUCUUCCACCUGUUAAACCCUUAGAGGAAACACAAAGGGUAAGCGUUACGGGAGACCUUGGACCUACACCACGCUCUGGCAAUUCCUUGGGGGGUUUUCACGCUGUAACGCAAAUGCAAACAGAUGUCAGGCAGAAUGAAUCAGACCAUCAAUACAUACCCACGGAAAAAGGUGAACAGAUGCUUUUGAAAGAGACUGACAAGCAUUCUUCACUGCUGCUGCCAACCCUGUCCGCCUCAGCUGCUUCCUUGAUGGAGCGUGAAAUCAGGACAACUUCUGAAUACACGUCAAGUGGCUUUAUCAAAACAUGGCUGAGCAUGCUUUUUGAGGGUGAUUCGGACACCGAUCACAUUACCACAAAGAAAUCUACAAUACCUGAAAAAUCCUAUCAUAGUUCAAGUAAAAAUAAAACCACAAGUAGUGAGUCAGAGUUAGAACGGCAUCCUAAAGAAACUACAAACAUAGGAAGUAAUGUUAAUGACCUUUUUACAAGUACCGUCAUUACAAAACCUCCCUCUGCUACUUCAUCAAGGCCUGAUGCUGUGAUCCCAUCUACAGUGGCACCACAUGUAACGCAACCCAAAACAUUGUCCACAGGCGCAGAAAUGGGCCCUUCAUUGAGGGCCACAACGGAGGAGGCUCCAAGCAUCAACGUCAUUCCCAACAACCAAAACAUCCAACCCAUCAUCAAAUCAGACUUCUAUCCUGCAACUCAGCCAACUGACCCCAAACUGGCUCUAUUUAUGAGUAAAAAUCCAACUUCUCCAGCCCUAAUUUUGACCAGCGGGCAGACAAUCAAGCAGAUGGCCACCCCUGCACCAACAAUUACUGCAAUCCCAACUGAUCCAUUCAGAGAGGGACUUUUAACAAGCACUCAAGAUGUGUCCAGAAAGCAACAGCUGCCUGGACAAGGAUCUAUUCCAAGAGGGAAGCCAAGGAUCACUAAAAGCAAUUUCCAGACUUUGACUGUGGAAGCUGAAACAGAUGCUCAGCUUCCCUGUGGGGCUGAGGGUGAGCCAAUGCCUUUCCUGUCAUGGACUAAAGUUGCAAGUGGAGCGAGUAUCGCUCAGAACACCAGGAUCCAGAGGUUAGAAGUCCAUCCAAACGGUACAUUAAUCAUUAGGAACACACAGCCCACAGAUGGAGGGCAGUACCUUUGCACGGUCCAGAACCAGUAUGGCACAGACAAGAUGGUGGUCAACCUUGUGGUUUUCGCUCAGCAUCCGCGGAUCCUCCAGCCUCGGCACAGGGACAUAACUGUGCAACUCGGUGGCAAAGUCGAUUUGGAGUGUAACGUGGAGGGUCACCCUACGCCUCGAGUCACGUGGACGCUCCCAAACUACGUUCACGCUGCUGCAGCUGGCAUUGGCGCUCAGCAAAAUGUCGCCAUCUUCAGAAACGGAACUCUCCGGAUAAACCAGGCUGCUUACGCAGACCAAGGGAUUUAUAAGUGCAUUGGGAGCAGCGCAGCGGGAGUCGACACGGUCUCGGUGCGACUUUACGUGUCUGCGUUGCUGCCCGUGAUUCAGCAGAUGCGACACGAGAACACAACGCUCCUAGAGGGCGCCAACGCCUACAUCCAUUGCUCGGCCACAGGUGGCGCACAGCCACAUAUACGCUGGAUCACACCCAACGGUGUUCAGCUCAUCGCUUCCCAGUUUGUCAACGGACGCAAGCUUGGUGUCUUCCCCAACGGGACGCUGUACAUACAGGGUUUGGGCCAGGGAAAUGCAGGGAGAUACGAGUGCUCAGCAAGUAACGCGGUGGCUUCAAGCACAAGAACGGUGAGCCUGAGCAUAAGGAGGAAUCCGUCCUCUGCCAAGGCCCAUAUCACCUCUUCAUCCCCCCAGAGAAUAGAUGUGAUCUACGGGGGGAGGCUGCUGCUCAACUGUGUGGCGGCAGGAGUCCCAGAGCCCCGGAUAAUCUGGAGGACGCCCUCAAAGAAGCUGGUCGAUGCUCAGUACAGUUUUGACCCCAGGAUCAAGGUGUUCCCUAAUGGCACCAUAACCGUUCACUCUGUGACCGACAAGGACAGCGGUGACUACCUUUGUGUGGCACGAAACAAGAUGGGUGAUGACUACGUUCAGCUGCGGGUUGAUGUGCUGACCAGGCCAGCCAAGAUUGAGCAGAAGCAGCAGAGAUCCAGUCAGGAGGUUGCAUACGGCGGAGACCUGAAGGUGGACUGCGUAGCAUCCGGUCUCCCCAACCCUGAAAUCAGCUGGGCGCUGCCCGACGGCACCAUGCUCAACCCGGUCAAACAAAGAGAGAGUCUCAGUGGGGGGCGCACUCGCAGGUAUGUGGUGUUUGACAAUGGGACGCUGUACUUCAACCAUGUCGGCACGCCAGAAGAAGGCGAUUACACCUGCUACGCCGAGAACCAACUCGGCAAAGAUGAGAUGAAGGUUAGAGUCAAGGUAAAGGUUGCGACUUCCUCGCCAAAAAUCCAGGAUAAGGACCAAAAGAGCAUUAGGGUUUUCUAUGGAGAGACUGUUACACUGAGAUGUAACGCCAAAGGGGAACCAACGCCUGUCGUCACAUGGAUAUCCCCCACGAAUAGAGUUAUCGCCCCUGCAAUGGACAAAUACCAAGUCCUGGAUGACGGGACAUUGGUGGUUCAAAAGGUUCAGCGUUUUGAUGACGGUAACUACACCUGCAUGUCCAGGAACAAUGCAGGACAAGACCAUAAAGUCAUCAGGUUGGAGGUUCUCGUAACAUCUCCAAUGAUUAACGGCUUAAAAGGAACUUUAAACGCCAUCAAAGUGACCGCAGUCGCUGAUCAACGGACACUUGUGGACUGUAUCGCAGAGGGAAUGCCCAUUCCUCGCAUCAUGUGGGUUCUACCAGGAAAUGUAAUCCUUCCGGCGCCAUAUUACAGCAACAGAAUGACCGUUCACCCAAAUGGUACUUUGGAAAUCCGGUUGGCUAAGAGGACGGACUCAGGGCAGCUGGCUUGUAUCGCUCGUAACGAAGGAGGGGAGGUUAAACUGAUAGUCAACUUAGAUAUAAAGGAAGUUGUCGAAAGGGCACAAAUCAGAGGUACUAACACAGAUAAUCUAUCGUUGACUGUGGGAAAUGCUGUGACUUUGAAUUGCUCCUUCGAGGGCUCAACGCUACCUCACGUCACCUGGAUUUUACCCAACGGCACACCUUUGCAUAGCGGUGCUCAGUUCUCAAAGUUUUUCCACCGGCCCAACGACGGCUCUUUGAUCAUCAGCAACCCUUCCAUUGCUGAAGCCGGUAUGUACCGCUGUCUGGGGCGUAACUCUCGAGGGCUUGUGGAGCGUACAUUCACAUUGUCCCCGGGGAAGAAGCCAGAGAUUAUCAACCGUUACAACUCUCCGGUCAGCGUUGUAAACGGCGAAGGACUUUUGCUUCAUUGUCUAACCAAUGCCAAACCUUUUAGACUGACAUGGACGCUUCCAAGUGGGGUUGUCCUCAACAGGCCGCAGAGAGCUGGACGGUAUGCCGUGCUGGCUAAUGGGACACUUUCUAUCCAUCAAGUAUCAGUCUAUGAUCGGGGUUUGUACGGUUGUCGAGCUGCAAAUGAAUACGGCAGCUCUCAGCUUUCUGUGUCAGUAAUUGUGAUGGCAUACCCUCCUCGAAUCACCAACGGCCCUCCCUCUGUGACUUACGCCAAACAUGGAGUAGCUGUUCAGUUGAACUGUGUAGCAACUGGGAUCCCUAGAGUUGAGGUAGCAUGGGAAACACCUGAUAAAACCCGCUUGGCUGUCAGUGCACAGCCACGCCUUUUUGGGAACAAGUAUCUUCAUCCACAAGGUUCCCUCGUCAUCCAGAAUCCGACGCAAAGAGACGCUGGUGUCUAUCGAUGCACAGCCAGGAAUGCCAUUGGCAAAGACUCAAAAGCUACAAUCCUCAAUGUGUUCUGAAGAAUUGUCCUAUUCAUAAUGGAGUGUUUGCAUACUGUAUGCCCAAAGAACUGCCCAGUUAAAAGCAGCUAAUGUUUGUAAUGAUCAAAAUGUUGUAAAAACUGCUGUCACAGUGAUGAAAUAAUGAGUCGAUGAAAGCCUG